AGAAUACUAUUUCCUUCAUUCUUAGUAUCGUGGACUCAUUUAAUCCUAGCUUAUAAUAAUUUAACACAUUACGUACGGCACACUUUUCGUGCAACACGUUUCCAGGGACCGCAUAUUUUUGGGUGUAAUUAUAAAAUGAUGCUCGCAAUCUUAUUAGGAUCAAUUUUGAUUAUAUUUUUAUUUCACUGUUAUUUAAAAUAUAGCAGAGUUGGAAGACUUCUCAGAUUAAUUCCAGGACCAAAAGACUAUCCGAUAAUUGGAAAUGUUCAUCAUUACAACGUUGACAAUGAUCGUAUAUUAGAGAAAAUAGGAGAACUGAAUAAUAAAUUUUAUCCAAUUUACAAAUUUUGGUUCUUAGUGUAUUAUGGAGUAGCUUUACUUGAUCCUGAUGAUAUUCAGGUACUAUUGACAAGCAAUAAAUAUAUUGAAAAAGGAAUCUUUUACAAACAUAUUCGGCACUGGCUUUCUACUGGAUUAUUACUUAGCGGCGUUUUUAACUAAAUCCUGAACACGUAGCUGGGCGCUUAAUAAUGGCCACCUUGCCAAGUUACCCAGCACGCGAUCACGUUGCUAUGAUCGUAUAACUUCUUUUCGAAAAAUCUUCUAAACAAUUACUUUUUCUUGUGAUGAUAAAUGCUUUUAAAGAGUGUUAUAAAACAAAUCACUGAUCCGGCUAAACCACAAAAAAUGUAAGAUUUUAUAUUGAUUAAUUACUAUUGACUUUCUUGUAAAAUUAAAGAAAACAGGAAAGGAAAUAUUUAUACUAUUGUUAC